GGAUCAUUCUCUUUCUUCCUCCCACCAAAAUCCACACAAACCCUCACAAAUCUAGAGCGAGAUACAGAAAUUCCCGCUUUCUACUGCAAUUACAUGGAUAUCUUGCCUAAUAUUUCAACUCAAUUUCUAUCUCAAUUCUCUAUUGAUUCUCAUAUCUCUCGUUUCAUCUACUUUUCAAAUUCUUUUCAUCUCUUAAUUUCUAGUCAACCUUGUCAAUCGUGUUAGCGUCUGUGGAUAGAAGAGGCGGUCGUGGUGGUGGUGGUGUUAGCGAUGGGAAAACGUAGUUCACAACGUAGGAACGUAGCUCUGUUGGAUACAGACGACGAUGAUAGUGUUAGCUCGUCGUCUACUAUGCGAUCAGAUCAGAUGUUGUAUGGAAGUGAAGAAAUGCAGGUGGUGGAUAAAGAUGGAUUGCUUGAUCAGUAUCUAGAUGCUUUGUAUGAGAAAAGGAGUUCCACAAGAGAGAAGGCUCUGUCAGCUAUUAUUGAGAGUUUCAACAGCGAAUUGCAGCACGAAUUUGUCGAUAAGAAGUUUGCCACACUGUUACAUCAAUGCUUAAAUUGUAUCAAACGAGGUUCAGCAAAGGAGAUAUAUUUAGCCUCGCAUGUCAUUGGACGUUUGGCUCUUACGACUGGACCCGGGGAAAAAGCUCAAGAAAUAUUGCAAGAAUCAUUAACUCCUAUAUCUCAAGCUCUUAAAAGUGGGUUUGAGGCAGCCAAGACAUGUUCGUUACUUGAGUGCUUGGCUUUAAUAACAUUUGUUGGUGGUAAUGAACCAGAACAAACAGAGUCAUCCAUGCAGUUAAUGUGGCAAGUGGUUCAUCCAAAGCUGAGUAGCAAUGUUGUGGCGACUAAACCUUCAAUGGCUGUGAUAACAGGAAUGGUGACCUCUUGGUCAUUUCUUCUGACUACCAUGGAUGGCCAGACUCUUGAUUCUAAAACUUGGCAAGGGUCCAUUUCUUACUUGUCCACCUUAUUAGAGAAGGACGAUAGGUCCUUGCGCAUAGCAGCUGGUGAAUCACUUGCUACAAUCUUUGAGAUUGGGAACUUGGAGAAAUUCUGCAGCGAGGCGAAGGGGAAUAGUGAUAGCUCCCUUCAGGAAAUAAAGGAGUAUGCACAUAUCCAGGGCAUGCGAGUAAAAAUCUUGAAUCAAGUACGAAACCUUGCUGUUGAAGCAGGUGGUAAAGGUUCUGCCAAGAAAGACCUGAACAGUCAAAGGAACUCAUUUAGGGACAUUCUGGAAUUCCUUGAGGAUGGUUAUACUCCAGAAACUUCUACAAAAAUUGGCGGGGAAUCACUAAGGACGUCGACAUGGUCGCAAUUGAUUCAGUUAAACUUCAUGAAACAUUUUCUUGGAGGAGGAUUCGUCAAGCACAUGCAGGAGAACGAGUUUCUUCAUGAUGUAUUUGGGUUCCUGCCCAAAAAGAAGCAGCUUAAUGAUCAACAUUUGAACUCUGCUACCAAGAGAUGGUAUAAGUCGCCAAACUCGGCCCUCAACAAGGCAAGAACUCAGUCAUUAAACAAGCAGAGAAUGCAGUCUCAGGAUCGGAAUGUGGGUCACUUUGCUGUCGGUUUCUCGGAUGAGUAGUAUGUUUCAUUCAUCUGGCCGGAAUGAUUACAAAGCUAAUGCGCGAUGUUGUAUACUACAAAUUCUUUGGACACAAGACCAUCACCACCCCCCCUCAUUUGAGUGCACCAUUUCAUUACUGGAGUGGCUAAUAAUAAUAAUCAUGUGUUAUGAAUUUUUCAUUGCUGGUUUACCAUUCGAUGAUUGUCGAUGGAGUAUACACUAUUAUUCUGAUUUUGUCGGUUCACACGAUGUGGUGGAAGGUUUCUUAAUUAUAACAUAUCUUUAUAUUAUUGGUGUUUUUUUCUCUUA